ACAAAAACAGCUACAAUGAGCAACAAACCAACUCUGUACUAUGCUCUAUUUAGUCCUCCGGCCAGGGCUUGCAUGAUAACAGCUAAGUUGAUUGGUCUCGAUUUGGAUUUGAAAUUUGUUGAUUUCUCGCAAAAAGAACAUCUGAGUGAAGAAUUUCUAAAGUUAAAUCCCCAACAUCAGAUACCGGUUUUUGUGGAUACCGACGGUGAAGUGUACAUUGACAGUCACGCCAUUAUCUGUUUUAUGGUUGGUAAAUAUGCCAAGGAUGACAAACUCUAUCCAAAGGAUUUGAAAACCCGAGCUCACAUUGAUCAUCGUAUGCACUAUGAGAAUGGUGUGCUAUUUCAAGUAAUCAAGGAUAUUGUGGCCCGCAACAUUUAUGGCGGUGAAGGUGAUUUUAAUCCGAAAACAAUUACUCUCUGUGAAAAUGCCUAUAGUUUCUUGGAAGCAUUCCUCACAAAAGGAAAAUAUGUGGUUGGUGAUGAAAUGACUGUGGCCGAUAUUUCGAUUAAUACCACUCUGGUUACUUUGAAUUUGCUGCUGCCGGUCAGCGCUGAAAAAUAUCCCUUGACUGUGGCAUGGAUGGAACGCAUGAAAACAUUACCCGAUUAUGAUGAGGUUAAUAUUAAGGGUGCCGAGGCAUUGUGUACACGCAUCAAAGGUGUUAUGAGUGCUACGCGUGAGGCAGCUGCUGGAAAGUGAAGAGACUGUAGA